CCACACCUAUCUAGCGAAAGGGGCGGGCUUUGUGUGUGUCAUUACGCAGGUAGCAUAGUUGUUUCACGUAGCAACCACGCCCCUCUCUACCAUGACGACGCGCAUGUGAUGAAGGCGUUUUCAUUGGCUGAGAUACGCCACAUUGUGGGCGUGGCUAUAAUUGUUGGCAUCGCUACUGUAAACAAUGGUCUUCGGAGAGGGCGGGAUUAUUGAAUUUCGUUGUGGGCGGGGCUGUGAGUACAGGACGGUGACGCCUCGGUUAUGGUAUCAGUUGAGGAGAGCGGUGCUGGAGGCGGCACAGGUUGGGUCCUGUCUACAAGAUUGGUCGGCAGCUGGAGUCGGAAACUUCGGGUCUGCGAGGCUGUCCCCAUUGCUACCCCGGACUCAGCCUAGCUGAACGACUGCAGCCCUUGAAGCCAGGCUCUUUCUUCUGGAAAUCCCGCUCACUAUGCACCUGGAGAAGUUUCAUGACCCUGGUCUAGGCUUAUGGAUAUCCAUCUCCAUGUGCCCCUGGAGAACUUUCAUGCCCCACAUCUAGGCUGGUGCCUCUACAGAACUUCCAUCCCUGGUCAAGGCUGCUGAUUCUGGUGUCCUUGGAGAACUUUCAUAUGUCCCUGGUCUAGGCUGCUGAUUCUGGAUAUCCACAUUCUGGAGCCUCUUAAGAACUUCCAUGCCUUUGGUCUAGGUUGCUUAUUCUGGAUAUCGAGCUCCAUAAUCCACUAGAGAACUUUCAUGUUCCUGGUCUAAGCUGCUGAUUCUGGAUAUCUACAUUCUAAUACCCCUGGAGAACCUUGGUGCCCCUGGCAUAGGCACCUGAAGAACUGUUGUGCUCCUGGUCUAAGCUGCUGAUUUUAGAUACCCACAUUCUGGAGCCCCUAGAGAACCUUCGUGCCCCUGGUUACAGGUGCUGAUUGUGGAUAUCCACAUGCUGGUGCUCCUGGAGGUCUUCCAUGCCCCUGCUCUAGGCUGCUGGUUCUGGAUAUCCAGCUCCAUGUGCACAUGAAGAACUUUCAUGCCCCUGGUCUAGGAGGGUGAUUUUGGGUACCCAUAUGCUGAAGUCCCUAGAGAACUUUCAUGCCUCUGGUCUAGGCUGCUGAACCUAGAUGUCUACCUUAUUGGAAACCUAAACAUCUUGUAGUAGUCCGCCCCCCCCCCCCCAAAGUGCACUAGAGGAGAAUCUCAGUGCCCUUGCACUCUGAUUAAGGGCUGAGGGACCAACCAUUGUGUUAACCUACAGAACCCCUUGGUCUUUCCACUCUACUUGUGGCUUUGUAGACCCUCUGUGCUAUGAGACUACUCAUGAGCCACCACCAUUACAGUGCGUUCCCGGAGACUUUCUGUACCAUCUCACCACACUAAUUCUCCAGAGUACCAAUCUGGCUCUGCUCCAGGAGAAUCUUUUUGGACAUGGAUUACCAUCUAGAUAAGCUUCUUAAGCAUCUGUAGCUAGUAGGACAUUGGAUGCCCACCUAUAGGUGUUCCUGAGGACUGUUUUACCCUUGGAACUCAUUAUAUCAAUUCUUGAAGAAGUUACUUUGUAGCCAUUUGCUAAACAUUUUGCUUGUUACUGCCAGAUUACUAAAUAGGACUAUAGUAUCUACCUCGUAUUAUCAUCCAUGACAUGAUACAUCAUAUAGUCUUCUGCUGCUUGCAUCAUCCAGUUUACCCAUUUUGUGCCAGUGGAGAUGCCAGUCCAGCUUUAACCAUGCAUGGACCAUCUGCCUAGUGAUAAAUUGCCCGGAUGUUGCCAGGUCCAUGUAACAUUAUCUUCUCUGCCCAUUUGUUGUCUAUGUGACCAUCCAUAUGUUCGUUGCAUCAAUGUCUAAUACUCACAGUGGAAACUAUCUUCUCCGGUUGGUUUGUUCUUGAGCUCUGGUUCCUUGUGCUCCAUCGGUCUUGUUGGACAAUCUUAAGACAUGGAAGACGCACAACUUCCUUCUGGACUGCUGGAGAUCUGUGUCCUUGUGGGACCCCCCACCGAUGAGAUCAGACAGAUAGACAAGGUUGCCCAGAAAGGUAUCCGAAGCCUCCAGGUACUUGAACCAGAGAUCACCUCUGUAUUCGUCCCUCCUUUUGUACCGAAAGAGGAAGCGCAGAGCUCGUCCGCAGUUCAGAGCUCGUACCAAAGAGUGGCGAGGAGGCGAUCGUUCCGGAAGAAGAAGGAGAGGCCCAAGGUAGAGUCUGGGAGCGGUAACAACGUGGAUCAUAGAGAGACCCCACCGAAGGAGAUCAGCGUCCCCAAAGACAUCGACCUCAUUGGAUUGCCCCAGCUCUGCUUCCCAGGGGGGCUGCAAGUGACCUUAGAGCCCACAGAGGAGCAUUUCCAUUUCCUUAUCUUUACAGAUGUUCUGGGGAUCAGGACAUAUGGGGUUGUUGCUCAGUUCUCCCGAUCUGUUCAGGAUGCACUGGGACUGUCCGGCGGGCAGGCUUACUGGGACUCCUCCAUAGGAAGCAACAAGACAUAUGAGGCUUAUGUACCUUUUGCCAUUUGCGUCAUAUCCAGAUAUCCUUACUACAACGCUCUAAAGGACUGUCUCUCAUGCCUUCUUCCACAACUGAAGUCCAUCAGGAAUGUCAUUCUUGAUGAACGUAUUAAGGAGUUUGCAGCAAAGUUGGCUCUGAUUCCAUGUCCUCCACCUGGACCUCUGCAUCUGGUGUUCAGCAUGAAACCUCUGCAGAUUGUUUUUCCAUCAAGAGAAGAUCUCGAAAGCCCAGUAAUUGACUUGGAUCUUCACCUGCCAUUUCUCUGCUUCAGCCCAAAACAGGUGUUGCAGAUCAUGGCCUGUAUCCUGACCGAGCAGAGAAUUGUCUUCUUCUCUUCAGAUUUCGCCCUGUUAACCCUCCUCGCUGAGUGUUUCAUGGUCUAUCUUCACCCUAUCAAGUGGCAGCACACUUUUGUGCCCAUACUCUCGCACCACAUGCUGGAUUUCAUCAUGGCGCCCACGUCCUUUCUCAUGGGCUGCCACCUGGAUCACUACAAGGAAGUUUGUAAGGAAGGUGACGAUUUAAUAUUAAUUGAUAUUGAUAAUGGCAACAUCUCCUUCUCUGGGAAUGAGAUUGAGUCUGAGCUCUGUGAUGUCCCGGACAUGCCGGUAGCCGCUGCAGAGACCUUUAUAUACAGUAUGGAGAACCUUCAGCUACACUAUGACCUGGAGCAGUCCCAUCGCUCAACAGUCCUGGACAUUGGUGAGCAGAGACUGCGGAGGCGGCUGUGGCAGCAGAGCCUCAACAGUGAGAUACAGGAGAUCGCAUUGCAACUCAUUGUGGACAUCUUCAGAGAUGUGAAGGCGCACCUGAACUAUGAGCACCGGGUGUUUAACCUCAGGGAGUUUCUGAAGACCAGAAGUCCAGGAGACCAGGCCUUCUACAGAAAUGUCCUGGACACCUACAUGUUCAACUCCUUUCUGAAAGCUCGGCUUAGUAAGAAAAUGGACGACUACACCCGUAUGGAGCUGAGCACGUCCUCUGAGAUCGACGGGAGAUCAACCAUGUUUUCUGAAAGCCCCCGCCGGCGUGCCACGGAGAAGCUGAAGCGUUUCCGAACGGAGUACAUGUUCAGUAAGAAGCUGGUUAUCAGCAUGCCAAACCUGCAGACCAUCAAGAUGGCCGACGUCCCGGCAGGACCACUGUCCCUGAGGAGACCCCAGCCGGAAAACGGAUACAAUGUAACCGGGAAGGAGGUCCACACUUUCAGGGUCCCUGAAGUGGAUUUUCCUCUGUCCGCUCGCUACAUCCAGACAUACUACACGGAUUUCACUAAUUAUCUCAGCAAAGAGAUAAAAGCGCUGCCGCCCGAGAGCUCCACCCUGCUGGCGCGAUAUUACUACCUCCGAGGACUGGUGGGCCUGAUGCAGGGGAAACUGCUGGGCGCUCUGUCAGAUUUCCAGAAGCUUUAUAAAACAGAUCUACGGAUCUUCCCCAUGGAGCUGGUGAGGAAGGUCAUCCUGUCCCUCCCGGCAGCGGAGCGUAAGAGGGCCGACUGCAGGCCGGAGCUGAAGAAGCUGGUCGGGCAGGUAAUGGACAAGGAGAGGGAAAUCCCUAGGGCCGAUGAGCGCGUCAAGAAGUUUGAGUUACCCAAGACGCACCUUCACAUGGAAGACUUUGUACGGAGGAUUCAGGAAUCUGGAAUCGUCAGAGACACCGACACCAUACAUCGCUUGUUUGAUGCUUUGACUGUUGGUUACCAGAAACAGAUCGACCCUGACAUCUUCAGGGAUUUCUACAACUGCUGGAAGGAAACGGAGGCAGAAGCUGAAGAGGUCGACCUCCCGUCUGUGGUCGCAGAGAAGUUGGAUCAGAAUGAGUUUGUGUAUAAACUUUCUAGCUCGGUCAAAACCAACCUCGGUGUCGGGAAAAUCGCCAUGACCCAGAAACGCCUCUUCCUCCUAAUAGAGGGAAGACAGAGUUACGAGGAAAUCGCUGUCUUCAGAAACAUCGAGGAUGUGAAGAUCUCCACGUCAGCCUUCCUGCUCCUGAGGAUUCAGACGCUCCGGAUUAAAGCCUCCACAAGGAAGGACGUGUUUGAAGCGAACCUGAAAAGUGAAUGUGAACUGUGGCAACUGAUGAUCAAAGAGAUGUGGGCUGGGAGAAACAUGGCCGAUAGUCACAAGGACCCUCAGUACGUACAGGAGGCGCUGACAAACGUCCUGCUCAUGAACGCUGUGGUUGGGGCUCUGCAGACGGCAAAGUCCAUCUAUGCUGCAUCCAAACUGUCCUACUUUGACAAGAUGAGGAAUGAAGUUUCCACGAUUCCAAUGACGACGGCAGAGACGCUGAAGCACAGGAUUAACCCUUGUGCGGGGGAGACGGUCCCUCAGGCGGUCGAUGUCCUGCUGUACACACCUGGACAACUCGAUGCUUCACUGAGAGACGACUGCCCCAAACUGUGGUGCGCCCUAGGCGAGGGAAAAGUGGUCAUAUUCAACGCAUCCACCUGGUCCAUCCAGCAUCACUGCCUGAAAGUGGGCAACACGAAACUGAGGUGCAUGGUGGGAGUGGAGCAGAGUCAGGUGUGGAUCGGAUCCAGUGACUCCAUGAUCUACAUCAUCAAUACACACAGCAUGUUCUGCAAUAAACAGCUGAACGACCACCAGGGGGAACUAGUGGACAUUGUCAUGGACAGCAGUGACAAUCAGAAGAGAGCUGCGUACUCCUGCAGCGCAGACGGGGAAGUCAUCGUGUGGGACGUCAACACCUUGAAGAUUCAGCACAAGUUCCAGCUCCAGUAUCAGGACAUAACGUCUCUGAAGAUGCACAAUGAUCUGCUGCUUUACUGUACAAAAGAUCUGGUCCUUGUAACCAACAAAAGAAAGGAAUUUUGUUUAAAGCUGGAGUUGACGGGGAACCUGCAGAAAAUCAGCUCUGCCUUCUACUCCAUCCAGCUCUUCCCUGAGAAGUCACAGCUAUGGGUGUCAUGUAAAGGCGGCAAUGAGAUAUGUGUGUACGACAUGACGGAUUUCUCCAAGCCCCCACACAGGAUCCUUCUGCAGGACUGCUCCAUCAUCACGUGUAUGCUGAAAGUGAAACAUCAGAUCUGGGUCGGCAGCAAGGGAAUCUCCCAGGGUAAAUUGAAAGGGAAGAUCUACGUUGUGGAUGCGGAGAAGAAGACAGUGGAGAAGGAACUGGUCGCACACAUCGACGUAGUGAAGUCCUUAUGUUCAGCGGAGGACCGCUACGUCCUGAGCGGGUCCGGAGAUCAAGAUGGAAAGGUGGCCAUAUGGAAGGUGGAAUGAAGCCGAGGCAAUGGAGGUUUGGUGGAUGCAACCUGGUCUCCAUGUCCUUCAAAAACCAAAGUCAAGAAGAACAAGGUCCUUCGAUUUAACUGUGGUGGAGGCCAGAGUCACACCUCAGGAAUAGGCCCCUGAUUUAUCUUAUGUCUUAGUCAAAAUGAGGAGAGGAAUAGGGUAUAUCACAGGUCAUGGGUGAUGAGGUCUAGGAGAGUCCUGACUUUUGACUCGCCCCCUAUACUAGCAAAUAUGGAGAAGAGAGGUGAUGUAGGACAUCUCAUGACUGAGUUAUGGCUGCUGAUUGUGAAUGUGGAGUGUUUUUUUUUGAGUGUCAUAGCACGUUCUGUGAGUCUGGAGUGGACAUUACCUGGACUGAAUCUGUUACUGCCCCCUACAGAGAGAAGGGGGAUUACACUAAGAUUUACUCUACAACCUGAACUGGUCUUGUGCCUGGUGUUAUGGGGGAAAAGUGACUCCAGUGCACAUGGCGGAAAGUCUCCCUGAAAGGUGGACGACCUCCUGUUUUCUACGAAGAAAGGAAGGACGCGGGUUACUACUAGAGGGGUCCAGAGGUGACUUAUUAGUCCUUCAUGUUGGAGAGAUCUUUUUGUGGUUGCCGGGUCACAUGGGGCGUCCAAUGUGCAACUAAAUAAUGUGCUUUAAACAUUGUUACAUGAGAACCUUCUUCUUCAUCAUCAUCAUCAUUAUCAUCAUCAUCAUCAUCACUCAUUGCUCUGUUUCCCUAAUAUUCAACAUUCCUUUACUAAUUUCUGAACGGAUGUUCAUAAACAGGGAAUUCCAGUAUAAAACGUUUUCCCAGCAAUCCAAAGAUUUCAAACUCGGCUCUACUGCAUCACAUCAGUACUACUGUAUAUUUUAGAGUUCAGCUACAUGACGAAGUAUCGCAGUGUAGCAGGGCUCCCAUAGGAAUGAAUGGGAUCGCAGCACAGAUUGCAUGUUUGCUAUGACUACAGCGUGCAAAAAAUCCAGCAGUGUCUUGGACGUGCAUGUAGCUGUACCCUAAAACCUGAGCUGUGCAGCACACAUUGAGCUCUGCUGCCUCUGACGGUCUCAGCUUUGCUGCAUUUCACAAGCUCAGCUCCUUAUAACUUCUGCAUGUAAUUGCUGCAUUCAGCUCCACUGCACCUGACAAACUCCACACUACUACAUCUGGCAAACUAAUCUUUGCUGCAUC